AUGCUAGUGGAGGACGCUUCCGGCGGCAACGUCCUCGUGUCUCCCAGCGGCAACUUAUCGUGUGGCUUCUACAAGGUGGCGACGAACGCCUACACGCUGGCCGUCUGGUUCACCCGCUCCGCGGACGCCACCCUGGCGUGGACGGCCAACCGCGACGCCCCCGUCAACGGCAGGGGCUCGCGCACCCAGUUCUGCAGGGACGGGUCGCUGGUGCUACGAGACCUCAACGGCAGCGUGGUGUGGGGCACGAACACCAGCGGCACGCAGGCCGACCGCGUGCAGCUGCUCGACACCGGCAACCUCGUCGUGGCUGACGCCGCGGGGCGCACGCUGUGGCAGAGCUUGGACUGGCCCACCGAUAGAGCAGCCCAUCACCCGUGCGACGUGCACGGUGUCUGUGGCCGCUACGGCGUGUGCGCGUACCAGCCGCUGCCGGCGCCGGGGCUGGCGCUGGCGUGCUCGUGCCCGGAGGGGUUCGUGGCCCGCGACGCCAGCGACUGGAGCAAGGGCUGCCGCCGCGAGUUCCACGUCAGGUGUGGCGAACCUGUCUAUUUCGCGGAAAUGCCCAGCUUCGACUUCAACUACACCCCCGGGGUGUCCAUGGAGACGUGCCGGAAUAUGUGCCUCGAUGACUGGAACUGCGAGGCGUUCGGCUACAGGAUGGGCGCCGGCGAGUGCUACCCUAAGAUCGCCUUGUGGAACAGCCGGGCUCCGGACAUCAGCAAGCAGAACAUCUUCCUCAAGGUCCCGGCGAGUCUCAAGGUCAAGGGCCUCAACCCGACGGUGCUGGACUUCCAUGGCCAUGCCUGCACAGUGCAGGAGCGGAACGCCAGCGUCGUCGGCUCCUCCUACUUCCAUGUCAGGGGAAACAGGAUAAAGUUCGCCUACUUCUACUCAUUCCUUGAUGUGAUCUUCGUCGUGGAGGCCAUUUUCAUCGUCGUCGGGUGCAUGUUCGUAUUCCGAGCUGACCCGACCGCUGCCAGAAGACGGGUGCACAACGAAGAAGGGUACGCGCUGCUGUUCAGCCAUUUCAGGAGGUUCACCUACGACGAGCUGUCGGACGCCACCGGCAGGUUCUCGGACAGGCUCGGAAGGGGCGCGUCAGGGACCGUGUACAGGGGCGUGCUGGAGGACGGCCGCGGCGUCGAGGUGAAGCGGCUAGACGACCUGUCGCAGGCCGACGAGGUGUUCCGGUCGGAGCUAAGCGUGAUCGGGCGGAUCAACCACAUGAACCUGGUCCGGAUGUGGGGAUUCUGCUCCGAGCACUCGAACCGGCUCUUGGUCUCCGAGUUCGUGGAGAACGGCUCGCUCGACAAGGCCCUCUUCGUCUCCGACGGCGGCGGCGGCGAGAGUGCGCUGGGGUGGCGUUCGAGGUUGAAGAUCUUUCAAGGAUGUUCAGGCUCCUCUCUAGGAUUAAUGGUGGCAUGCCUCCUGUAUCUAAAAUAUUCCAGGAGGCUCGGCAACCUGCGGAGCUGGUUGGUUUUUUAUUUUCAAGAGCUGAUUAAUAUUGACAAUGAGGAGCUUGAUCAGCGUCAGAACAAGCCUAGGAGAUACUCAGAGAUGAACUUCAGCCAGGGGCUGGCGUACCUGCACCACGAGUGCCUGGAGUGGAUCGUGCACUGCGACGUGAAGCCGGAGAACAUACUGCUGGACGCGGAGCUGGACCGACUUCGGGCUGGUGAAGCUGCUCAGCCGGGACGCGUGCGGCCGGCUGGGGAUGUCGUCUCGAGCGCAUUGCGCAGGGGGUACACAUACACCGCGCCGGAGUGGACGGCAGGCCUCCCGAUCACAGGGAAAGCUGACGUGUACAGCUUCGGCGUCGUGCUCCUAGAGCUGCUCAGGGGGCAGAGGGUCUGCGACUGGGCGGUGAAGGCGGCGGCAAUGCUGGAGCUGGCGGUUUCGUGCGUGGAUGACGAUCCCGUCUGGAGGCCAAACAUGAACGCCGUUCUGCAGAAGCUCGUGUCCCUGGAAGAUGGGUCUAUGCGUUAUGCGUGA